CCAAGAGACCGGCUCCAAGUCGACGGCGCGCGCCACCAGGACAAAACGGAGAGGUCCGGCCGUACGACCGAGACGCAUGUGUUUGCUUCAUCGCCCCGCGCCGCCGUUCUUCUCCCAUCAACAAGCCGCUACCGGCCGGCCUGCAACCGUGGUUGAGUACCCCAGCGGACGGAGCAACCAAGGGAGGAGGAUUCGGCCGGCCGGUCACUUGAAUUUCUAUUCUUUUCGACUCAGGACAAGAUGCCGGCACCGGCGGCCAUCCGCACGGCGGCGCCGCCCCCGUACCUGAAGACCCAUGGGGCUAAAGUGGCGAGGCUGCACCUGGUCGACUGGAUCGUUCUGGUCCUCCUCGCCGCCAUCGCCGGGGUGCUCAACAUCAUCGAGCCGUUCCACCGGUUCGUCGGCAAGGACAUGAUGGACACCCUCCUGUACCCGCUCAAGGACAACACCGUGCCCAUCUGGGCCGUCGGGGUAAUCGCGUUGGUUGCGCCGGUGCUCAUCUUCGUCGGGAUCUAUCUGAAGAAGAGGAAUUCCUACGACCUGCAUCACGCCAUACUAGGCCUACUGUUCUCCGUGCUCAUAACUGGGGUCAUCACGGAAGCGAUCAAGAACGGCGUUGGCCGGCCUCGACCCGACUUCUACUGGAGAUGCUUUCCUGAUGGAGUACCGAAUUAUAACAAUAUCACUGGUCAAGUCAUCUGCCACGGAGACUCCGGAGUCAUCAAAGAAGGGCACAAGAGCUUCCCCAGUGGCCAUACCUCAUGGUCUUUCGCCGGGCUAGGCUUCCUGUCGUGGUACCUGGCCGGCAAGAUCAGAGUGUUCGACCGAAGCGGCCACAUAGCCAAGCUCUGCAUCGUGAUCUUUCCGCUGCUGCUCGCGGCGAUGGUCGGCGUGUCGCGGGUGGACGACUACUGGCACCACUGGCAGGACGUGUUCGCCGGUGGUAUUCUCGGUCUGGUGGUUGCUUCAUUUUGCUACCUGCAGUUCUUCCCAUCUCCCUCUAGUGAACAUGGGCACUGGCCUCACGCGUACCAUCACCACAUUCUUAAUCCAGAAGCCGAGAACCAAGCGCAGUCAGCAGCUGCUGCCUCGGAUUUCAAUCAUUCCGUAGUCCCUUUCGCCGUUGGCAUGGAGGUGAGAAACAGUGCCCGAGCAUUGGACUCCAUGGAGGCCGGCAGCAGAGCUCGGUAACUGAAUACCAUGAGAAACACCACUUUAUAGUAGGCUUUCCCGCCAUUGUCUUUCUCAUUAAUUAGGUAGAUAGCAAGCUUCUUAUGUACAUGCUUCUUGUAAAGAUACGUGAAAACUUGGCGGCUUUAUCCAUGGCGUCCCUCUACCCAUCGUCUCACAAACAAUGAAACCCUCACAUACAACACCGGCCAGUUUCAAAAUCUGGCAAGUAUUUGUGUGUUUUUACUA